UUAUUUUUAUCCAGAGUAUGCAAUACAGUCAGUUUAUAAGCGCGUCCGGAGCUUUCUUCACUGCGGUGGAGAAGAAGCCAGGCGUGGAGAUGGCAAAGAAAUGUUGAACUUUUGCAGAAAUUUUACUUGAUCGACGAAUCGCGAUCAUAUUUUUCCUGAGACUAUUAAAAAUAAACCAUAAAAUGUCGAGACUUGCCAACCAUGUAAUCAUUCUGGCUGUCGUUUGCUUGGCCCUCGCACAAGUCAAGGCAGACGAUUUGAAGAAUUACACGUCGAAAGCAAAAAAUUUCCCAAACAGAAAAAUAUUCCUUCACAGUAAUGGAAUGAACGAAACAAACUUGGCUUACGUGGUCUGCAGCCACCCGGAAAACAUCAACAAAACGACCUGCCAAAUCAAACGUUUGAGCAAUAAUCAGCAGAUUCCAGAGAAAUCUUGUAAUGUGCCGAUUAAGUAUCAGAAUCUAGCAUAUCGAAUAUUCAUGCAUGCCGCCGUUACGUCUUUGAACGAAAACAAAGCUCUGUUACUUUGGUCAGGCACGAAUAAGAAAAUGACUAAAAGUUUCACAAAGUACUCCGUUCUUGAUUUCGACAGCUGUCGUUUUUCUGAUCAGCAGACUACGUUCGAUCAAGAGCUUAUGAGUAUUUCCGUACUAGUUCACGACGAUCACUAUGACUUGAUAAUCAGCGAUUCGAAAAUAUGCGGUGGAAAACUUUGCAAGCUGAGCUUUGACUUUAUGGGAAACAAAAUAUCCGCUCCGAGUCCUUGCGGUUCCAAUGUGUUCGAGGGAAAGGUUCAAUUUCCUCCCAAGAUUCAAUCCGCUCCUGAUGGAAUCGUAAUGGCACGUUACAACCUGGAACGCAAUCACGCACAAGUUUCACUGGUACAAUCUAAUGGUGAAAAGGUACUGAAAAAGUACGAUAUCGAGAACUUGCUACCUUUUGGCUGGGUACCGACUUUCUCGACUCAUCACAAUACGAUUCGCAUGUGCACGUGGCUGGCCACCGACGUCACUUGCCAUUGCUUUGAUCUCAAUGGAAAACCAAUUUCGAAACACAAGGUGGACACUGGCUACUACAUAAUUAGUCUUGCAGUGCACAACUUGUCGAACGGAGGAUACAUUUUGAUGAUUGCCGGUUGCUCGGAUGUUGAUCACAUGUUCAAGUGCCGUGAAGAGGAAGAUUACUAUGAUUUAAUGAAAUUCGAUGCUGAUGGAAAUACAGUCGGUUCGUUGGAGAUUUCCGAAUUGAAAUGCUUGGGAAUGAAUCAGAAGUUGGACGUGCAAUUGUUCGAAAACAAGGCUAAAGAAUCUUGCAUAUCUUUCACGUGUUUGUCUGAAAGCAAAAGUCCGAAUAUCGCGAAAUUAAAUUUUACCAGCAAGUGCUUUUCCGAUAGUGAAUUCGUUGAGUAGGUGAUUUUUGUAUAGUUUUUAUAAAUUUUAAAAUGCAUCUAACUUUAGAAAAA